AUACAUUUAGUACUCUUUCAUUCGUAGGAUUUACAUUCAUAUAACUUGACAACAUGUGUACAUAAUUUGCGUUUAAUUGUAAAUAAUGUAUAGAUUUUAUCAGUAUUUGUCUAGUUUUAUUUUAGACUGUUUAAACUGUCUUUUAUUUUGCCACUCCGUACCGCUGACAUCAUAAGGUCUGCGCCGCGACUUCUACGGUUGCUGUUUUUUUGACUGAAGAAAGAAAAGUUUCCAGGCAAGCAGGAUCUCCAGAUUAAAGGCUGAGAUCUUGCUUGACAUACUGCUGGAAAGAUGGAGUUUAUUAAAGUGGAGAUUGUUGACAUGAAUGAUCCAGAACACUGCAGAGUGAAAGAUGAAGAAGAUACUGAAGAACAAAAAGACCACAUGGAAGUGAAAAAGGAAAGUCAAGAACCGAGUGACACAGAGGAGAACCACUACUUUGAGAAACCUGAAGAUUUUAUAGUUGGAGAAAAAUUUAUUAGUUCCUCGCUAACUGAAAAUAAUUUCUCACAAACAACAGAAGCCAAAAAUUCUUUCUCCUGCCCUCAGUGUGAGAAGACGUUCACACAUAAAGGAAACCUUAGAGAUCACAUAAAAAUUCACAUUGGAGAGAAGCCUUAUACAUGCCAUCUAUGUGGGAAGAGUUUUAUUCACAAAGGACACCUUAAUGAUCACAUAAGAAUUCACACUGGAGAGAAGCCUUACGCAUGCCAUCUGUGUGGAAAGAGCUUUACUUGUAAGGGAAGCCUUAAUGGUCACAUGAGAAUUCACACUGGAGAGAGGCCUUUCACAUGCCACCUGUGUGGAAAGAGUUUUACAUGUAAAGGCACUCUUACAUGUCAUGUAAGAGUUCAUACUGGAGAGAAGCCUUUCACAUGCCCUCAGUGUGAAAAGAGUUUCUCACAUAAAGGAAGCCUUAAGUGUCACAUGAGAAUUCACAUCGAAGAGGGCCCUUUCACAUGCCAUCAGUGUGGAAAGAGUUUCACCCAAAAAGAAUACCUUAAGAGUCAUAUACGAAUUCACACUGGAGGGAAGCCUUUCACAUGCCAUCUGUGUGGAAAAGGUUUAACAUGUAAAGGAAGCCUCAGAUGUCACAUGAGAAUUCACACUGGAGAGAAGCCUUUCACGUGCCUUCACUGUGGAAAGAGUUUCACAAAUAAAGGAAACCUAAAGAUUCAUGCAAGAAUUCACACCGAAGAGAGCCCUUUAACUUGCCUUCAGUGUGGAAAGUGUUUCACACAUAAAGAAAACCUUAAAUGUCACAUGAGAAUCCACACUGGUGAGAAGCCUUUUACAUGCCAUCAGUGUGGAAAGAGCUUUGCUCGUAAAGUAAUCCUUCAGAAUCACAUAAAAACUCACUCUGGAGAAAAGCCUUACACAUGCCAUCAGUGUGGAAAGAGUUUCACAGAUAAAGGAUACAUAAAGCGUCACAUGAGAAGUCACACCGGAGAGAAGCCUUUCAUAUGCCCUCAGUGUGGAAAGAGUUUCACACAUAAAGGAAACCUUAAAAUUCACAUAAGAAUUCACACUGGAGAGAAGCCUUCCAAGUGUCCUCAGUGUGGAAAGAGUUUCACACAUAAAGGACAGCUUAAAGAUCACAUGAGAAUUCACACCGGAGAGAAGCCUUACACAUGCCCUCAGUGUGGAAAGAGUUUCAAAUGUAAAGGGCACCUUAAGACGCACAUAAGAACUCACACCGGAGAGAAGCCAUUCACAUGCCAUGAGUGUGGGAAGAGCUUCACAGUUCAAAGAAGCCUACACAUGCACAUGAAAUAUCAUUCUGGGGAGAAAUUACAUGAGUGUUCUGAGUGUGGCAAGAGGUUUGCAGAGAGCAACACUUUCAAAACGCAUUUGCUCAUUCAUUCUGAAGAAAGACCAUUUAGUUGCGAUCAGUGUGGCAAAAAGUUUAUUUUGGCAGCACGCUUAAAGGCACAUCUGAAACUUCAUACAGAUGAGAGACCCUAUUUGUGUUCUUUGUGUGGAGAGAGUUUUAAACUGAUUGGCAGUUUAAAAUCACACCAGAAAAUACAUGCCAGUGAGAAAUCUCAUGUGUGCCCUGAGUGUGGUAAAGCUUUUACCAGAGCAAGCUACUUGAAACGGCAUCAACGGACCCACACUGGAGAAACCCCUGGGAAGGGUUCAUUGCUUCAAGAACGCUAAAAGAACCCAGUGCAAACUGGAGAGAAGCCCACUGCCAUUUAUAUGGGAGGACUGUCAACACAGCCCUUCAGUCCAAGACCCAUCCCUGUGACCCUACAUAGGACAAGGGGUUUAGAAAAUGGAUGGAUUUUCACCACAGAAAUGUAUCUGCUGGCUCUUAAAAAAAAAAAAUUAAAUUAAAAACAAUUGUCCAGAGUAGUCACAGAGAGCAAAAUGUGUCUUAGGUAAUUAUAAAUAGUGUGACAUUCAGAUGUAGCCAAAAGUAGAAUUUCUUCCUAAAGGGUGAUUUUAUCUAAGAGGGUUAAAUGACCUAAUGGUGCUCUUCCAAAAAAGAAAAUUAUAAGGGAAGUCAAGAAAAAAUCAUUGUGAUUUUGACCUAUGAUUUAACAUUCUAUAUUGUUGCUGCUUCGAUAAAGGAUAAAAGAACAAAAAAGCAUAAAGUCACAUUGAAAGACUCUCUUUCAUGUUCAAAAGUACAAAGCCUGGCAAGCAAUGCCCAAAUUUAACCCAGUUCUGUAUAUAAACCCAAUUAAAUUCCAGUUCUCUUUCUAUUAACAUUGCCAUAUCUAAAAUGAAUAGUCUAAAGCAGUGGUUCCCAAACUUUUUAGAGUGGCGUACUCCCUGAAGCAUUUACCAUUCUUCUGCGUACCCCCUCUCUUCCAAUUGGACUGCAGUCAGACCGUUUCCAUUAAGGGACAAUAUUUGCCCCUUCAAAUGGAUUUUCCUGUGCAUUUUUUUUGCCCUUAUAAAUACCUUUAUAAAAUAAAUCAUUUUGAAAUAAUAAAUGCUCAAUAGAGAAAUAUGCAAUGAUGGUAAAAAUGAAGUGAUACUUUUAAAAAAUAAACCGCCAAUACGGGGUGGUAAGUUACUGUUUUCAUGAGUGAGUCAUUGAGUCAAUUGAGUGGUGGAACAAUGACGCAUUUUUGUUGGCCAAAACCCGGAAGCGAGUUAGCAUUUUAGCACUUCCGGUUCUGUCGUCCCAAAGUCAAUGGGUUUUUGAUUAAAUGGCUGAAAUGAGGUCCGUGGUUAACACAAGCUCAAGAUACUUUCACGCUUUAUUCUACGACAUAAAAUACAUCAGUAUUAACCUACCCGUGAUUUUUUUUAAGCUGUUACAUGUCUUGAAAAUGAUGGUUGCUAACAAGUGGCUAAAUCGGACUACAGAGGCUGUUGGCAACAUUAAACAUCAUCAUGCCGAACAGGUAAACUCAGUCCGCUUUUACAGCCUUGUUAUGCUUAUAGCUGUGCUCUUACAAACUAUUCUAAUUCAGACUUUCAAGAAAAAUGUAUUUAGAUAAAGACUGAAAGCGUUGUCUGAAGCUUAGUGUUGGUGACGUUGAAAUUGUGUGCCUGUGGUGUAGUUCCCUUAUAGCCUACCUUUUAACUUUUUUGCUUCUGGCGACUGUAUUUAGGCUUCAAAAUUAACAAAAGUUGUGUUCAUCUGUGAAAAUUGUGUUCAUCUGUGAAAAUUAUCUUCGUCUGUGAAAAUGAUCAAAACGUGUAAGUACCAAACUUUUGUUAAUCACAGAGCUUAUUUUUGCGAUAAUCCAAAAGCUUAUGGGAAAAUCCUACUGGGUUUUUGUCAAGGGAACCAGCGUGAUGCUAACUGCCAAUUGGCCUACAAAGUGACGUCAUAGUUCCACCACUCUAUAACGAAGCAAGUCACUGUAUUUAUGAAUGAGUCAUUGAAUCAUUGACUUUCAUGAUUCAUUCAAAGCCGCAGAUUUGUUCACAAAACACCGCUGUAUGUUGCAGUUUUGCUGUGGCUUUCGUUGGAAUUCUUAUUUUGUUGAAAAAUAGAGCAAACAAUACUGACAAUACUGUGUUUAAAAUGUACAUCACUUAAUAUAAUCCUUAUGUUUGAACUUUUAUAAAAUCAGUGUCACAUUUGCAAUUGUGUAUAUUUGGGUAAAAUUAAUAACUGUGUUUUUGUAUUUAAGAGAGUUUGAGUCUUAAAUUGAUCUCUAUGCACAAUCUUUGUUCUUCAUGCUAGUAAGUGCUAAAACCUCACUUUUACAAAGGUACAUUGUCGAGAAAGGCAGUAAUGUAGCUUUAUUUGUUAAGGCACCAUACUCUGCACGCAACCUGUCAUAUGCACGCUUCUUGUGUGUAUGCAGUCAGUUUUGACUGCAAAAGAUAAUUUAAAAAAAAAAAGGUAAUUUGAUUGGAUAUCAUGUAUUUGACCUUUUACAGCGUUUUGCCUGUUAGAAAUACAUCCUUGGUUUUUGUUAUUUAAGGAGCGGUAAAAAUAAAUGAACGGCAAAACUCAGCAUUUUGUUCGUGUACUUCUGUCACCUCAUGUACCCCCAGGGAUACCCCAGUUUGGGAACCACUGAUCUAAAGGAAAGGCAGGCUGAAGUUAUUUAUUCCCUUCUCUGUAAAUAUUUUAGUAUUGCAUGUCUUACUCCUUGUUUCUUGUACAUCUGUAUAAUUGCUGAAUGACAAUAAAGUUAAUCUUAUAUCAUUG